CGCUUCCUUCUUUUACACAGGCCGUUGAGGGUUGGCGGGGUCCGGGACCACGGCUGGGGUGCCACAGCAGUGCUCUGGCAGUGUGGGCCCCGUUCCGGUCGCUAAGGGAGAGGAGCCACUUCUCCCGGGCCCACAAGGCAGCUAUCGCAUGCUCUACUGAGCACGGUGCCAUGCCUCUGCAAGUCCUCCUGCUUUUGAUUUUGCUGGGUCCUGGCAGCGGCCUCCAGCUGUGGGAGCUAGAGAAGGAUGGAGCCCAGGAGGCCUCAGACGCCCCUCUUUCCCGGGUCCAGAGACAAGUGGAUGAGGACCAAGAAGUGGACUUGUAUGACUAUGUCAUAGAAGGCACAGAGCCUCCAGAAAUGCUUACACAUGAACCUGGGUCUUUGGCCCUGACCCCUAACAUUCUGGCUCAGUUGGCAACACUGGGGCAUGGAACUCCUGAGCCAGCUACUCUGGAGGCGGCCACACGGGACUCUGCUGGCCUGAACACAGGAGGGGUGGCCCUGGGGACUCUGAGCAUGGAAGUGACCACACAGGUGAUUCCUGUCACACCGGACGUGCUGACCAAAGAACCAGCCACUACAUUACCUCCCAUCACAGAGUCUCCAUCCACAGAGGGAGCUCCAUCCACAGAGCUGGCCACCACUGAGGCCCCGUCCACAGACCCAGCAGCCACAGAGGCACCGACCACGCAACCUGUGACCCAUAGACUCCUGUCCAUGGAGUCUACUGUCAUGGAGACCCUGUCCACGGGGCCAGAAGCCACGGACGCCCUGUCCACGGAGCCCACUGCCACAGAGGCCCUGUCCAUGGAGUCUACUGUCAUGGAGACCCUGUCCACGGGGCCAGAAGCCACGGAUGCCCUGUCCACGGAGCCCACUGGCACAGAGGCCCCGUCCACAGAUCCAGCCACCACGAAGUUCCCGUCCACAGGACCUGCCACCAUAGGGCACCUAACCACAGUCCUUCUUGUGACCUCUGAUCCUCAAAACAGCACCACUGUGACAGGAGGCAAUUUGCUUGAUGUCCUCACCAAACGAUGGGAAAAUAGGCAGCAUCUGUCCCCACAGAGCUCUGUGGCCCCCAUCCCUGCAGGGGCCCCGGACCACAUCCCCGUGAAGCAGUGUUUGCUGGCCAUCCUCAUCCUGGCCUUGGUAGCCACGACCUUCCUCGUGUGCACAGUGGUGCUGGCCGUCCGCCUCUCCCGCAAGAAUCACAUGUACCCAGUGCGCAAUUAUUCCCCCACCGAGAUGGUCUGCAUCUCAUCCCUGCUGCCCGAGGGGGGCGAAGUGCCCACGGCCACGGCCAAUGGGGGCCUGACCAAUGCCAAGAGCCAGGGUCUAAAGGUGGAGCCCAGGGAGGGCAGAGAUGGGGACGACCUCACCUUGCAGAGCUUCCUCCCUUAACUCCUCCGUGCGUCCACGUGAGCAGGACCCUGGUCUCCUCGCUCUCUCCAAGGCCCGCCAGGCCACAACCGAGCACCCAGGCUCUGUUCCAGGUCUGGGUUUCCUUGGGGCCCCCUGGGGGAUGGGGACCUUCAGAACAGGGCCCCUGGUUGGCCCACAGGGCCGAAAGCGGCUGAAUUCUUGCAGCCAAAGCAGGAUUGGUGAGCCAGCCGCCUUGUCCUCCCUCCUGCCUCCGGAGGAGGCUGGGGAGAUCCCUCCACCUCCCUGUCUCCCACCUACCUGGGCUCCCUCUAAUGCCUCCCACUGCUAAGGUUGCAUCCCCAUGCGCCCAGGGAAGACCCAGUCUUCUGGUUGCUGUCACUGUAUAGGAAGGGGGCAUUUGGGGGAGGACUGCCAGGUUCCUGAGGCCAUUCCUGGUCACCCCCCACUUGGGGGCGGCUUGGGUUUUCUUGGGCGUUUCCCCAGGGAGCCCAGGGUGAGAUCCUGGACUGUGAGGUCUGGGGUAUACUUAGAGAGCCCAGGGCUAUACCCUUCUUUGGGGCUGUGUGGACCAACGAGCUUCUUCCUGGGGACAGAGUAACCCCUAUUCUGCCCUCUCUCGUCUGCCCCUAUGCCUACAUUUUAGGGAGGGCUCUGUCUUCUUCACUGAAGUAUCCCACCCCCCAGCCCAGGGCCUGGUACAGCACAGGCCUUUAAUAAAUAUUUGAUAAACAAAUGAUGGCUGAAUGUUUCAGGGUAUCAGGAGGGUGCCUCCUUCUGGUGGAGAGUUGGUCCUUUGCUGUUCACCCCCAGCCCCAGCCCCCUCCAGGAAGCACCCUGUACAGGCCUAAAGUUGACUUCAGUGUUGUCUCUUGGACACUGGGAGCAUCUUGGUACAUCUUUGGGCAGCUGGGGAAGGUUUUAAACUUUUGGGGGGAGAGGGAGGCUGGUCCCCGAAUCCACUUUAUUCAACAUCCCCCAUGACCCAGUUCUAACCUACAGAAUUUGGUGCCCCCCGCCCACCAAAUCUCAGACAAAUAUGCCCUCUCAACGUCAGGGCCAUCCUCCCCGGGAGCCCACCUUGACCUCUGCCUUCUACAGGGGGCCUGUCUCCCAUCAAACACGCCCUCCUCACAGGGCUGAGCACAGCUGCAAGCUAUAAGGUUUUUGUACAAAGUUUGGGGCCAGCAAACUUUCUCUUAAAUGGCCGGACCAAAAAUAUUUUACGUCUUGCAGACCACGUGGUCUCAGCUGCAACUUCUCAACCUCAUCCUCGGUCCUCGCAGAUGGGAUGUGGUGAUGGACAACAUGUCACAAAUGAAUGGGGUUGGCUGGGUUCUAAUAAAACUUUAUCUACAAACAGA